GUUCAAUGAAAACGCUAUAUAUAUUUAACGAGAGUGAAUCUGUAUAAACCGACCGCGUACGUUUGUUAGUACAAUAAUAUAUUUAUAGGCUUACGAUAUCGUUCAUACUUUCUAGAUAAGCGAUUCCUAGAACAUUACUAUUUUAUUAGCGAACUGUGGAACGUGAUAAUCGUCUGCCUGGAGAUUAUUAACCAAUUCUGGUUUCAGCUAACCAGUUCUUGGACAAUUUCGAUUCUAGGGAAUUGAUAUACUGAGAAAAGGUGUCUAUAUACAUUAUUAAAGAACUAUCAUAUUUCAACUUAGGUAUAAUCACAGAAAUGGCGAAUUCAGAAUCCAACACGAUGAUAAAACCAGUUAUCAUGGUACAUGGUGGGGCGUGGUCGAUACCAGACAAUAUGGUAGAUGCCAAUAAAGAGGGAGUUAAAGCUGCUGUAAUGGCAGGAUAUAAAGUUUUAUGUAUGGGAGGAUCAGCCAUUGAUGCUGUUGAAGCAGCCAUAGUAGCUCUAGAAAAUGACCCUUGUUUUGAUGCGGGUAAUGGUUCAGUAUUAACUGCUGAUGGUAAAGUUGAGAUGGAUUCUAUGAUAAUGGAUGGCAGUAAUUUACGUGCUGGUUCUGUUGGCUGUGUAAAUAGUAUAGCUAAUCCUAUCAAAUUAUCCAGAAUGGUCAUGGAAAAGACAGAUCAUGUACUAUUAGUGGGUGAAGGUGCUAAUAAGUUUGCUGGUGAAAUGGGUGUACCACACGUAUCUAUAGACUCGUUAAUCAGUGAUUAUGCUAGAGAAGAAUGGGAAAGAUUCUCAAAAAGUGAAUAUAAAUCUGCUGUUAAUACCAUGUUUAAAAAACGAGAUGUAAAAGAAGAAUUAGUUAAUUCCGGACAUGACACAGUCGGGGCUGUAGCUGUUGACGCACAAGGUAACGUUGCGUGUGGAACAUCAACUGGUGGUAUAACAGCUAAACGGCCAGGUAGAGUCGGUGAUACACCUCUUGUGGGUUGUGGAGGAUAUGCUGAUAAUGAAACAGGUGGGGUUUCUACAACAGGACAUGGUGAAGGUAUAAUUAAAGUAUGCUUAGCUAAACAUAUUACAUUCCUGAUGGAUCAAGGUUUAACAGCCCAGGAAGCUAGUGUAAAAGCAGUAGAGAAUAUGUAUAAACGUGUUCAAAGUUCUGGAGGAGUUAUAGUUGUUAGUAAAGAUGGUGAUAUAGGACAAUAUUUUACCACAGAUAGAAUGGCACGGGCCUGGGUUAAAGACGAUCAAGUUUAUUAUGGUGUUGAUAUUCAUGAUAUAACAAGCUGUCCAGUUGAUGGCCUAAAUCAUAAAAUAGUUUAAAAUAUAAUAUAUGUAUAUAAUAUGUUACAUACCGGUGCUUACAUUUCAAUCUGGUUAAAACACAGAUCCUAUUUCGUUUCGUUUUUAUAGUUCAAAAUUUUGUUUUACUUGUCUUUACUACACUUCCUGUAGUGUAGGCCAUAGAAUAUAGUCGAUAUUUCUAUGGUGUAGGCCAUCGAAAGUAUAAAAAAACGAAACGAAAUAUAGAUCUGUAUUUUAAUCAGAUUGCUUACAUUUUAUCUUUCUGAGAAUCCCACUAUAGCUCGUCAACAUGUUUCAGGAUUUAAUUUCGCCAUGAUCGCUACGUUUCAUAGGCUUUUUUAUUGGGUUAAAAAUCGAUCGUAAUUUGUGCAUAGUGAGUAUUCGACUAAUAAGGAAUAAGCUCACACUUCGAUUCUUUCAGCUAGGUUAUCUGACCUGGAUCAUAUCGUCUUUCCUAUAGCAUAACACAAAGCAAAAAAAUCCAUAUCACAAGAUGGCAAGACAGACGCUAUAUUACGUGGCGGGUUGAAUGGUCGAAUGGUUAGCACGUGCGCGCUGUAUCAUAAGGCCUGCCAUUAGUUCCGAAAUGACCUGAUUUGUGUCGUGUGAACGUUAAACCCUAUUUGUCUUUAUAUAUAUAUUACGUGAUGACAAGCCAAGGUCCAUAUUACGUGGUGACGAGACAAAAUCCAUAUUACAUGGUGACAAAACCCGUAUUGUGACGUGACAAAAUCCAUAUUAUGUGGUGACAAAAUCUAUAUUAGUGAUGAGAAAAAAUCCAUAUUAUGUGGUGACAAAGUCCAUAUUAGUGAUGAGAAAAAAUCCAUAUUACGUGGUGACAAAAUCCAUAUUAGUGAUGAGACAAAAUCCACAUUAGUGAUGAGACAAAAUCCACAUUAGUGAUGAGACAAAAUCCAUAUUACGUGGUGACGAGACAAAAUCCAUAUUACGUGGUGACGAGACAAAAUCAACGAUGGUUUUAGGAGAUUGAAAUUUUAUUACCAACGGCAAAGUAUUCCUUCUAACACCUGCCAACACCUAUUAUUCCUAGUAUUAUCACCAGUCAUAGGUUUUAGACAAUUCAAUUCUUGUUUUCAAUAUUUUAGUGGCACUGUUUUUGAGAGGAACGGGUAAUCAUGAUCCAUUGUCAGAGUUGUAUUAUUUGUUCAGGGAUACAUUUCGCCAGGUGCCAUAACUGUGAUCAUUUAUCAGAAAAUAAAAUAUUGUUUUAGA